GAGACGAAGUGAUGCAGGGACUUACUGGAGUUUUGAUGUGUGUAAGAGUUGGAACACGGCCACACUGUCAAGGGCUUUAUUUUAAAAAAGCACCACAGGAAACCCUUCUUCUUAUUCUCUCUGGCUUGUUUGACGCUGAUGUGAAGGUGCAGCACCCCCAUCGUUCUUAUUAGAACUGCUGCUGCUGGGGUCUUGUAACUCUCUCCUCCUCCUCCCACCUCCUACUUUUGAUGGGGGGUGCAGCGGUGUCAUAGUGAUGUCAUUUUAAAAUGUGAGUGUCGGAGCCAAGGUGAGCUGGUUUUGCGGUGAGUGGUGUCCCCUCCACGACCAGCGUUGCCUGUACAGAGGCGCGGAGCGGCGAAAGAUGAUCAUCGUCACCGGCACCAAUUCAAGCUCCGACGCGCUCUUUCCCUCUCCUGUUCAGAUCUCGGGCUAUGGGGCCCUGAUCUGCCUUGAUCCCAUAUUAAGCCUUCACCACCACCAUGCCAAAGGACAAACAAUCCGAAGAGUUGCAUUUUUAGGGCAGGUAACUUUGACCACGUGCCCCAAAGGUAAACUGGAUGGCCGUUACGCAAAGGUGCCUCUACAGUAUGUCCAGCGGGGCCAGGGCGCACUGGACGCUGCCAGCAGUUCUUGUACUGUGGACUUCUCUCUGGGGGAUCGUUUCAUCUUAUCCGAUUCCGAGCAGGACUAAUGCGACUUUAUUGGAAAAGAAGUGGGAGACCCUCUUCUCCCGCUCCUAUCUGGGUAUAAAUGGGGGGAAAUCGGAGCUGAACUGGGAGAGUGACUAUUUGCAGGGCAUCAAAAGAGUGCGGCGACUGUACUGCAACGUGGGCAUUGGGUUUCACCUGCAGGUGCUCCCGGAUGGCAGGAUAAGCGGUGCACACAAUGAGAACCCAUACAGUCUAAUAGAGAUCUCCACCGUGGACCGAGGAGUGAUCAGCAUGUUCGGGGUGAGGAGUGGGCUGUUUGUCGCAAUGAACAGCAGGGGAAGGUUAUACGGAACGAAAGUCUUCGUGGAUGAAUGCAAGUUCAAGGAGACUUUGCUGCCCAACAACUACAACGCCUAUGAGUCUUUUGUUUACAAGGGCUUCUACAUUGCCCUCAGCAAGCAUGGCCGCGUUAAGAGAGGCAACAAGGCCACCCCCGCCAUGACCGUCACACAUUUCCUCCCGCGACUAUGAGAGAAACUGGCAAUAACUCAGUCAUUUGCACAUGUGGAUGUUCUUCCAGGUAAUAUAGAAACGCAUAGUCAUGAUAUACACACUGAUGGACUGCGAGAGGAAACAAAUAUUUAUUCUGUUUAUAUAUAUAUGUAUAUUUGGAUAGCUAUCUUUGUAUAUGCACUGUGCUGCUUUUUGUUUUUAUGGACAGGGAGAGUUGAAGCCUUUGCCUGUCUCACUUUACCUUGGUGCUUGCUGUACGUGUCACUUCCUUUUUUGAGAUGGAGGAUGAGCUAUAUCCUGUGCUUUCAAAGAGUGAAAUGAAUACUUUUUAUUACCUCAAAGAACCACUUUACUAGAUUAAGGGAUGCAUGGACGUCUGCUCAAAUAUCUGCUAAGUUUAUGAUUUCUUUCAAACCUUUUGAGCGCUUGAUGGCUCCCUGCCAGAUUAUCAAUGUCCGGCAGUGGGAGAAACUUAAAUGCACUACCUUUGCUGCACGAUUUAAAGGUGCCUUGGUGUUCCCACUUGUGGCCCCCUUAAACUUGCAUGUAAGAGACACCCGCCGGAGUCAGAAAUAGGGCUGACACGCCGGAGAGGGCCUCAGAGAGGUGGGGGGGUUGACUAUCUCUGGUUUAUUUUCUUUUCUGUAAUUAGAUCGAUUAAGUCAUAUACAAUCUGUGGUUGAUACCAGAGAGCAGUCAGCCAUAGAAAGUGGCACAAGGCCAUAAGUUUGACUGUGUGGCAUUGCCAGCUACUAAACAGGGUGAAAUACAUAUCUAUCUGAGCAUGGAGGACAUUUUUGUUUGGACCUGGCUUGCACAAGAAUCGACUGACGGAUAGAUUGCGAGCGCAUAGUACAAAUGUACCUGCACAUUGUCUUAGACAGAGCUCCUACAGUAAACCAGGUUACUGUUUUUGAAUCGCAAAGCUUUAGCUGCUGUUGAAAAUGAUGUCUACUGUCCAUGAAACCAAUGAAAAAACAAUGUAAAUAGUUGCAAAUGUAAAAGAA